AUGGAGUUCACGGACUCAGAUCCCGUUGAUUGGAAUAUUGAGGAAGUCGUUAAAUUCCUCUGUGAUUCCGAGUCUCGCCCAUGGGCCGAGGGGUCCAACAUCCCGUUCCCAAAGCCAACUGACCUAGCAGCGGCACUGCAUGAAAACUUCAUUACUGGAGAGGUCCUGCUAGAGGAAGUUGACAAAAUUUCCCUGAAAGAUGACUUCGGAGUCAAGGCCUUGGGCCAUCGAUGCGGCAUCAUGAAGGCGAUAGAGUGGCUGCGAAUCCGAGCCGGACCAGAUUCGCGAAAGAGCAUCCUCGAGAACGCAGAACUCAAAAACUCCGACAGAAGAAGCAUUCCUCAACAGUUUGCUUCAAAGGUACCCCCGGAAGGUGAUGACGCCGAUCUGCUCCCUCUUUAUGGUGAUUCUGGAUCCGAGGGCCAGUUUGACGAGGAAACUUGGGAGGAGAUGCAAAUCGAGGCCAAAGAAUUACAAGAGCAUGCAAAUAAACCUACUCCCGCUGAGAAGGCUAGUCUUUCCCGCGAGGAAUGUAUGGCAUUAAUCGCACAGCACGUCGCACAGAAAGAAGACCUUUGGAAAGAAAAGCACUUGCCAAAGGAACUUCCAAAAGCUCCAAAACUAUGGAACCGCUCACACAUGAAUGGAUCACUUGAGCAAGACAAAAGCGAUCUCACAAAGAGAAUUUAUCUCUAUCAGAAACGCCUUGAAAAGCUCAAGGGUGGGCUCUUGGAAGUUGACUCGAAAGACCGUGCCUUUUUCUUGCUGUCAUGUGCCACUCUUGACCACACCAUUGCUGAUAUCUGCCUGGAUAAAUGGAUACUCCAGAUACUAGAGCUUGAGAAUUGCCCGCCUCGUGCCGAACCGCCACCAAGAGUCCCAAAGCCAAAACCCAAAGAGGAGCAUUUGGGUGUUAGAGAUGAUGAAAGCUUGGCCUCUGAAAUGGAUACAGACCUUGAAAGUUCUUAUGAGGAGUCGGAACCCGAUGGGUCUGAAUCCGAAGAAGAUGAAAGUGACUUUAUUGAGGUUGACCCCGAGGAUGAGCCUGUGCAGGACCUAGUGGACAAACCUCACAGGGGAUUACCGUUUACUUUGGACUCGCCUCCACCUGCGGAUGAGCAAGUCCCAUCGACUGAGCCUGCUCGAAAAAGGCGACGUAUCUAUGACAAUGAAAGUGAUGGCGAGAUGACCUCUGACACCGGGAUAUUUUCUGAGGUUCUGCGACGGGGUGACAUUGAUACUGUUGAUUUGACUGAAUCCAUUUCUAUACCGGCCAGUGCCGCUGGCUCAAGGUCAGUCGCAAGUCCUUCAAAUCCAGCUCUCUCAGGGACAGUAGAAGGCGCCGCAGAUGCCGCAGAUCCCGAUGAGAUGCAAAUUGAGACGCCGCCCUUAAACCCAACGCACUCAAUUGUUCCGCAAGAUGCCGAUGUCUCAGAUCUUCUGGUUGACAGCACGCCAUCCACCCCAGUGCGGAACGUUAGAGUGAAAUUGACGAUGCCACUGCCUCCUGAACUUCAUUCUCACAAUUCGCACAAAACCUCCCGUGGCGACAAUGAAUUUCCCCAAGGACUUUCUAGCAUCCCUGAAGAUAUGAUGCUUGGAGUGGAUGAGGAUGAUCUUGAGCUGUUCGAUAUCGUGAAAUCAUUGGACUUCGAAAAAAUUGCCGAUUCAAAGGACCGCGUCCAAUUACUGGCUAAAUCGAUUCUUGGACUGGGCGCGCAUGAACCAAAACUGAUUCGGAAGUAUCUGGAUGAAUUCAUGCUUCCUCAGCUCAUGGAUCUAGUUCAUGAAGCUCUGACGCACAUGCAAAACGACCGAGCAAGGUUUCCUGAUCAAGAUGAGAAUGAGAGUCUAGGUAUCAUGCGUCUCGCGGUCAGAGACACGAUCUCUCAAAUAGAGAAGGAAGAAGCCCAAUCCAUGUUUUCAACCUUUGUUGAAAGAUUGAGCAAAUUGUUUAACGCUCACGAUUUGUGGGGUUUGCAGAACCCAAAAUAUUCUCCUGGCUCUCAUAGUGCAUCUCUCGCAACGUUUGUCACUGGAUCCAAAUCAAACGCGAAGGCCAAAAACAAAACCAAGUAUGCCCCGAGAACACCAAGCAACAUGCAAAGAGAAGCCCAAGUGAGACAGGAGAAACAGGAGGCCAUGAGGCAGGAAAGAGAAAAACGAGGCCUCGGUAACAGUGACCCAGAAAAACAAGCCGUCAACUUCAAAGAGCCUGCAAUCUACUUGCAUAGGGAGAUCGGAGAGCACGUGAAACCACAUCAGCUUGCAGGUAUCCAAUUCAUGUGGCGUGAGUUGAUAGAGGCCAAAAAACCCCAGGGUUGUCUCCUUGCCCAUGUGAUGGGCCUUGGAAAAACAAUGCAGGUGAUAUCCCUAUUGACCACAAUUGCCGAUGCAGCGGCGUCAGAUGACCCUCAGAUCCGUGAACAAGUCCCUGAGAAGUUCCAUCGCUCCCAGACUCUGGUUUUAUGUCCCUCUGCUGUGGUUCAGAACUGGGCAGAAGAGUUUGCCUUGUGGACCCCGAAAAGACACCAUCUCGGCCCAAUCUGGGAAAUCAUGUCUGGAAACAACAUGGAGGCCGAAGAAAGAUUUCAUAUCAUCAAGGCCUGGGAUGAGAGGGGCGGUGUUCUGAUAAUCAGCUACGAUUUGUUCCGCAUAAUCGUACUCAACAAGUCAACCCGACCGACAAACCGCAACAGUCUCUCUGACGAACAACAUGAGUUUACGAAGGAGGCUCUCUUGUCUCGGCCGAAUAUUGUCGUCGCUGACGAAGCCCACAGGCUCAAAAAUGAAAAGUCUGCCAUCUCACAGGUAACUUCACGCUUCAAGACCUUGAGCCGCAUCGCUAUGACAGGGUCGCCAUUGGCCAACCACCUUUGGGAGUAUUACCAAAUGGUCGAGUGGGUUGCACCAGGAUAUCUUGAAGAUGCAGCUUCAUUCAAGACAAAGUUUUUGGAACCAAUCCAGUCCGGGUCUUAUAUCGACAGUACCCGUCAACAACAGAGGGAGAGUCUCUGUGCCCUCAAGAUUCUCAAUGGAAUUUUGAAACCCAAGACCGAAUUUGUUAUCCGGAUUCCCCUCACAGAUCUACAGGAAGCAGCUUACAACACUUUCGUAUCUACUGCUCAGGUGGGGGACGACGUUGACUCCAAACUGUACACUUGGCUUGCUAUUUUGCAGCUUUGCUGUAACCAUCCCCAACCGUUCCUGGAGAAACUUGAAGAUCGCUCGAAACAACCCGAGGAUACCGAAGAGUCUGUUCUCCCUGAAUCAAUGAAGGAGAGUGGACUCCCAGGAGACUUGUUGUCCAAGAUAAAUGCUCUUUUCGAGUCCAUACCACGAAUUGAAGACCCCAGUCUAUCGCAUCGGGCCACUUUACUCAACAAAAUCAUUGACGAGUCCACCAAAAUUGGAGACAAAGUUCUGAUCUUCACCCAAAGUCUCCCGACCAUGAACUUCAUUAACCUUAUGUUGAGUGAACGUCGCCUGAAAUUUCAACGAAUUUAUGGCAACACUACUGCGGUUGAACGCCAAGCUAUCACCAAAAGGUUCAACACUGAUUCUGAUCAGCAGAUUCUCUUAAUAUCCACCAAGGCUGGCGGAGUGGGCCUCAACAUGUUUGGAGCUAAUCGCGUCGUCAUUUUCGACUUUUUGUUCAACCCAAUGUGGGAAGAACAGGCAGUUGGACGAGCUUACCGACUCGGCCAGACCAAAACAGUCUUCGUCUAUCGAUUUGUGGCCGGCGGAACAUUUGAGGAAAACAUUUUCAACAAAGCAGUGUUCAAAAGACAACUCGCAGUUCGCGUGGUGGAUAAGAAGAAUGUUGUACGCCAAAGCUCCAAAAACUCACCGAUUCUUCUGCAUCCGGUGAAGCCGGUGAAUAAAAGUGAUCAUACUGGGAUCAAAGGCAAAGACAAAGUUCUUGAUGAGAUUCUUGCAGGGCCGUACGGAGAUAUCAUUCUGGACGUCUCCGUAUCCCACAUCCAAGAUAACGAAAAUGAUCGUCUCACCGAGGAAGAAAAUCUUCGGGUGGCCAAUGAGCUUAAAAUGGAGCGCCUGAAACGUUCCAACCCACAAGCUUUUGAAGCAGAAAAAAAGCGAAGACACGAUGCCCAAACGGCCCGUGAGAUGGCCCAAAGGGCAUUCGAGGCGGCUCAAAAGCAGGACAUCUACAAGCAGCGCCAGACUGAUUUUGUGGCGGCGGUACAAAACCCAGGCUCGUUCCAUCCAACGUCUACUCAUAGAAUACCUGGAGUGCAAGCUGGCCUGGCGUCACGUCCAUUCAUUCCCCACUCUCCUCACUCAUUGUCCCCAGGGAUGCAGUAUCAUUCCGGAGCCGGUCAAUCCAUGACGGGCGUGACGUCGCACUCAUCACCCGCAAUGACUCCUUCGUAUCACGGGCAGUCCAAUCCGAGCUUUGCACAGCCCCCUUACACCCCAAGUUCUGCAUCUUCCACGAACUAUCCUGGAUUUCCACAAGUGCCAACAAAUUACACGCCAAGCAUGAACCCUCUGCAGCAGGCAAGCCAUCUGCAGAACCAGCCAGCCCGGGAAUCGGAUCAUCUGGAUUCGAAUCGCCUGGCACCUCCUUCGGGGACUCAGUUCCCUACAACUGACGGGAGUGCGGACUUGGUCGAACUUAUUGACCUGUCUACUCCUCGCGGAACAGCAUCCCCGGUUGCCCAACCCGCUGAUGACGGGGAUGCGGUCAUGGACACGAGUGAGGACGAAGCGUAUGAACCCCCACCACCAAACCUCUCGGUAUUGGGUCAGUGA